CGCCUGUCCGCAGCAGCCCCGGGGCCCGGAGCGCCCGGCGGGGGGGGCGCCGCCCGACAUGCUCGGGCCCGGCGGGCCUGGCGGGCCCGGCGCCGCGGCCGACGGGCGGGGCGAGGGCGACGCCGCGCACGCACGGCAGGCCAGCAGCUCCCUUCUGGAGCCGGUCUCUCCGUCGCUGGGCAGCAUGGAGGUGUCCCCCGCCUCGCGCCUCGCCACGGAGAGGGCGUGGAGGGACGAGGCUGAGGAGCGGGUGGCGAUGCUUGAGCAGCAGGUGCUGGAGGCGGAGCAGAGGGCCCAGGCGCAGCGGCAGGCAUGGCGGGCAGCCGGCCCGGCCUUGGGCCCGGCCCCGCUGACCCGGGCGCCGUCGCCGCUGCGGCCCGCGUCGCCGCGG